AUGUCUAUUAGCUCCAUAGAAGCUCAAAAAAAGACCUCCAAUCUAAUAAGUUUGGGUUCUUUUCUGUCCCCUCUCAGCAAACCCAAUUCAUGGCUGUCACCUUCAGGCCUUUUCGCAUUCGGUUUCUACCCAGAAAGGAAUGGAUUUGCAGUAGGAAUAUGGAUAAUUGGGAACCCAAACAACACCGUUGUCUGGACUGCAAAUCGAGAUUACCCUCCUGUGUCCUCAAACUCCACAAUUGAGUUCACCAGAGACGGUAGGCUCAUUCUAAACCAUACUCAGCAAGGCACAGAGUUGGCUAUUGCUGAUUUCACUACUCUGAGUCGUGUCCUCUCUGCUUCAAUGCUCGACUCUGGCAAUUUUCUAAUCUACAACAACGAUUCUUCUGUUAUUUGGCAAAGCUGUGAUUUCCCAACUGACACCAUAUUAGGAAACCAAACUCUCUUCCAUGGUCAGCGACUAGUUUCUAGUGCAUCAAGCUCCUUCGACCACUCAAGUGGUCGUUAUCGUCUUCAAAUGCAGGUUGAUGGUAAUCUCGUUGCCUUCCCAAUAAACUGUUCCGACUCGGAUUUUGCCUACGCUUCUGCUUCAGAAAGUUCACUCCUAGGAGUAAAUGGCUACUACAACUUGACUAUUACUAUUAGUAGUCUUCGACUACUCACUUUGGCGAAGGCCUCUGCCUCCGGUGCCUCCCCCCUUGUCAUAAUUUACCGUGCAACGCUUGACGAUGAUGGGAUUUUUAGGUUGUAUUCACACAGAUUUGCAAGCCAUAGUACGAGCUCAAACGUGUUGAUUGAGUGGUCUAUGUUGCAGGAUCACUGCAAAGUCUAUGGUUUCUGCGGAUUCAACAGUUACUGCUCAAUCACAACCGGCACACAAGCUGACUGCUAUUGUUAUCCUGGUUUUGUUCUUGUCAACCCCAGUAAAAAAGCCCUGGGUUGCUACAUGAAUUUUACUGAACAACAUUGCAGAAACAAAGAAGGUUUUGGUUUAGUGAACAUUACGACUUCGGAGAAAUUGAGGUGGUUUGGCCUAGCUUACUCGAUUGUACCAGCAAAUAACAAGGAAGAUUGCAAGAAAUCUUGCCUAGAAGAUUGUCGUUGUGGGGCAGCAAUGUAUGUUAGUGGGCAAUGCAACAAACAUAAGCUUCCACUGAGAUAUGGUACAAGAAACUUGAGCGAUUCUGAUACAUAUACAGCUUUUGUUAAGUUUACUUCAACAACAGCUCCUGCUAAAAUUCCAAAUCAAAUAGCCCCGGAUAGUCCAUCCGGUCCAACGGUUGUGACUGAAAACAAAGGGCAUCUUAUUUCAAUUCUUGCUGGAAGUUUGGGUUCCCUUGCAUGCCUAUGUAUUGUCAUUGCAAUAUCUAGUUUCUUUUGGUACAGGCACCGAGUUCACAAGUAUAAGAAGCUGUCGGACAAUGCAAAAUUAGGCCUAUCUAUUGAUGAGUUUGGUUUGCGAUCAUUUUCUUACAACGAGCUGGAAGAAGCGACACAAGGUUUCAGGGAAGAGAUGGGUAAGGGUUCUUCUGGAACAGUUUAUAAAGGAACUUUGGUAUCCGGAGGAGGUAACAAAAAUAUUGCGGUUAAGAGACUAGACAAUAUUGUGGAGGAAGAGGGAGACGUGGAGUUCCAGUUCCAAAUAGAGGUGACUGCAAUCAGGCGAACACAUCACAGGAACCUGGUUCGAUUACUUGGUUUUUGUGUGGAAGGCAGAAGGAAGCUUCUUGUUUAUGAGUACAUGAAUAAUGGCUCACUUGCGGAUGUUUUGUUCAAGGACGAUACGAGUCGACAUCCUGGUUGGAAAGAAACAGUGAAGAUUGCUCUUGAUAUCGCUAGAGGGAUUUUGUAUCUACAUGAGGAGUGUGAAGCCUGUAUCGUUCAUUGCGGUAUAAAGCCUCAAAACAUACUGAUGGAUGAUUCUUGGACUGCGAAGAUCUCUGAUUUCGGUAUAUCAAAGCUGUGGGGAUGUAUUUUCUGA